UAUUCUCCUUUCAUCUGUCCACUAGGUCCAUCUCCUGAACGGCUCACAUCAGUAUGGUUUCACUCAAGGCUGUAGUCCUCCUGCUGGGACUUGUUGCGGGGUCUCUAGCAAUCAGAGCUAAAAGACAGCUAAACUGCAUUGAUCAAUGGACAAAUAUUCCAAACCCAUGCCAAAAUAAUCCUCAGAAAGCAAUCUAUCUACCUCAUCCAACAGACGGUACUAAAUUCAUACAAUGCGACCUGUUCGGGAGAAUGUACAUUAUUCAGUGUCCAAAAGGAGAAUCAUACGACAGAUCUACUGCUUCCUGUACCCGUGGCAAUGUAUUACCAACUGUUGUUAUACAGCCAGUUAUAACAACCCCAACAACCACCACAAGAGCACCACAAACAGGGGCUAUUAAUCCAUGCUCAAAUGCAAACCUCGCACAAGGACUUAUAUAUUUUUCUUAUCCUCUUGAUACAACUAAAUUUAUCGAAUGCGAUCUACUCGGAAAAGCAAUGAUUUUACAAUGUAACAUCGGGUUGGUAUGGAAUCAACAAAGAUUAUCUUGCGUGUAUGACUUGAAACCAGGAGGAGUUAUUACCACCACAAUGGCCCCAGUAACGAGCGGAACUGGAACAGGCACCGGAACCGGAACCGGAACUGGCACUGGUACCGGAAAUCCAGCUAGUCUUUGCAGAGUAAAUGCAAACAGCUUAGAUGAUUUAUUCCACCCACAUCCAGAUCCACACAAGUUUUAUCAAUGCGAUCUUUGGGGAGAUGUUUUUGUCAACAAUUGUCCAACUAAUCUUAUUUGGAAUGAUACAGCAAAAACAUGUUCAUCUCCAUAUGUUAAAAUUGGACCAAACGGAAAUCUAGUUGGAUAAAAUGUAAGACUCAUCUUUAAUUGAAUAAUGUUUUUUUUAUAGAUUACUAUGAAAUAAUUAAAAGAAAUAUAAAAAGUAAAGUU